AUGACUACAGUAAUCCAAGGAAAGUUGGGCCAUUGUCAACUGGCACAAGACAUUAUGUACCAGAUGGCGUGGGAGAAUAAGGCUGACGUACUCGUAUUGAGCGAACAAUUAGCGAACCUCAAACAUCGGAACUGGUACUCAGAUACAUCGGGAAGGGCAGCCAUUUGGGUCAGAGACCCUAAAAAGGUGCCGGUCGAAGAUUGCGGCAAGGGAAAUGGAUAUGAAUGGGUCAUUAGCGGAAAUAGUGCUAUAAUAAGCUGCUAUCUCUCGCCGAAUGAGGGCAUAGCCAUCUUUCCAGGAAAAUUGGUAGCAAUUGAAAAUCGCAUCCCAGACCUAGACAUUGAGGUAAUAUUGGCUGGAGAUUUCAAUGCAAAAUCCAGUGAAUGGGGAAUGACGUGGAAAGACCCUCGCGGGAAAGAAUUAGCCGAAAUGGUGGCUAGUUUGGACCUGACUGUGCUGAACGUAGGAAACUCUUUUACGUUUAGAAGACCUGGAUACCGCGAGACAAUCCCAGGCGUUACUCUGGCAUCCUGA